AUGGCAGACGAGAUGUCCAUCGACACCAAGCCGAACCCUUCACACGAGUCUGACCACUCGGUCAAUUCCACGCCGGAGAGAGACCAGAACUCGGCUUCUGCCUCUGGCAACAAUGCUCCCCAUUCCCAGGAUCCCCAGCAGCCCAAGCGAAAGGGUGGCCGCAAGCCGAUCUAUGCCACCUCGGAGGAGCGCAAGCAGAGGAACCGGCAGGCUCAGGCCGCCUUUCGAGAGCGCCGCACCGAGUACAUCAAGCAGCUCGAGGAGACCAUCCGAGUCCACGAGUCGAAUCUUCAAAAUCUACAAGUCGCCCACCGGAAUGCCGCCGAGGAGUGCUUGAUGUUUCGGUACAAGAACUCCUUGCUCGAGCGCAUCCUUCUCGAAAAGGGCAUCGAUGUCCACGCAGAGCUCCAGGCCAAGACGGGCAGCCCUGACCUGAGACCGAACCAUGCUCUCCAUAACCUAGUCCAGCCUCCGCCGAUCCAGCGGAGCCUCAUGAACCGACAGCACCAGCCGCGCAGGUCCAUUUCGAGCAUCGCUCCCAAGGUGGAACCUGGUACGACACCGCUCAACACGGCCUUGUUGCCUCAUAAGCCCGUCACCUCUCCCACCUUGCGGCCGACGCACUCUUCCCACUCGAGCUCCCCCACGACCAACAUUGGGCCGGCCUUUUCCCCAGCCCCAUCGGACAGCAUCUCGAUGCGCGGAUCGGCUGGAGGCUUGUCUCGCCAGGGCAUGCCGACGCCGAACGCGAAUUCAGCCCCGAGGCCCCGCCUGUUGCGGACCGGCCGUGGGCAGUCGUCAGCCAACGGGGCCAACUACUACCCCACGCCUGCUUUCCAAGCCCAUAUUGAAAACAUGGACCACGAAUAUGGCUGCCACACCGACAUGGUUGAUGACUCGGAGAUAAACCACCCACAUGGCCCUGCAUCCUUCAACGGUGGUUUCAAUGGCCACAAUCAGCAGACCAUGCUUCUCUCACCAACUUCGACGGCUCCUGGACAGAGCAUCUCCCAGCCACACACCCCGAACACGUCGGUGCCUCCCCAGCAAUUCCCUUCGAUGACGCAGCUCUUGGACCAAAACUUUGAAUAUGAUCCCUUUGGGCUCGGUGCUAGCAUGGCUUUCCCAAACCACCAGCAUUUUCACUUUGACCAUGCAAACGUUCGGUGA